CAGAGUGCGAUUACCUGCUAUCAGAGGCGAACUAGGAAGUCUGGCACUGUCUGGAUGUCAGGCUAAACUGAAACAAUAUACAUCGCCGCAGGAUAGUGGUCAACUGCUAGUCCAUUGUUAGCUACUUUGGCGUGACAAGAUGUUUAAAAAGCUCAAGCAGAGGAUAAACGAGGAGCAGUCACCGCAGAGGAAUGCGCUGUCACCACAGCAGGCCCAGACGGGCAGCGGAGAGCGGCGCAGCAGUCAAACCCCGCCGCUCCAUCACGAUGGCUCCCCCUCUCCCAGUGACAGAGAGCUGCUGGCCGGGAUGAUAGCAGAGCCCGCUUUUCUAUCUGAGUAUACUAUCUUUGCUCUGGACCAUUCAAAACGACCCAAUACGGCCCAGGUAGCCAGUGUGAGCAUCCCUAAAGGACCAGCGAGAUCUCCCAGAGGUAGCAUCAACGGGGAUGGAAGCGCUUCUCCUCAAAGAGAGGAGACGCCGUCAUUUGCCCAGAAGCUGCAGUUAAGAGUCCCCUCGAUGGAGUCGUUGAUUCGUGGUGGUGCCAGCCGGGCAGAAAACCUGUUCCGCUCUCCUUCCAAAGAGAGUCUGGUCCGAAGCUCGUCGCGCGAGUCCCUGACACCUUUGGGAGAAAACGACUCCCCGGGCGCCCCUUCGUAUGACCCGCCCUCGGACAUUGAGAGUGAGGCUGAGGAGCCACCAGGAAGUGCAGAGCCCCUUUCCAAAGAGCAGUUGUUCCACCGACUGCACCGAGUGGAGAUGAGCCUCGGGAAGUACAGAGGGAAGUACUCCGAGCUGGUUAUUGCAUACCGAACGGUGCAACGAGAAAAAGAGAAAACUCAGGUCAUCCUCAGUCAGUGUCAAGAUAAAUCUCUCCGCAGGAUAGGAGAGCUGCGGGAGGAGCUUCAAAUGGACCAGCAGGCCAAGAAACACCUACAGGAAGAGUUUGACACUGCGCUGGAGGAGAAAGACCAGAUGAUCACUGUUCUCCAAACACAGGUUUCUCUGUUGAAGAAACGAUCUGUGCCACCUGGGGGUGACGUCCCUCAAUCUGAAGAUGCAGACUCAACCUCUUCCACACAAAGUCCUCUGAAGGAGCAACGAGAAGGGCCUGAGGUCACUGAGGGAGAGGGCAACAGUGAUCCAACCAAACUCAUGGAGGCUCUGCAGAAGAGAGUGACCCGGCAGGAGAACCUGCUGCAGAAGUGCAAAGAAGUGAUGCGAACACACAAGGAGCGCAGCGUCGCGCUGGGCACCGAGAACGAGACGCUGCAGGAGAGGCUGCAGGAGCUGGAGAAGAUCAAGGAACUGCACAAAACAGAGAAGACUAAGUUGAUCACUCAACUGCGGGAUGCCAAGAACCAUGUUGAGCAGCUGGAGCAGGACAAGGGGAUGGUUAUCGCUGAGACAAAGCGGCAGAUGCACGAGACCCUGGAAAUGAAAGAAGAAGAGGUCGCACAGCUCCGCUCCAGGGUCCAUCAGGCUACUGCCCAGAAAGAAGAACUACAGGAGCAGAAGGAGAAGGCAGAGAAAUCAGCUUUUGAAGAACUGGAGCGGGCGCUGGGUGUAGCUCAGAAGGCGGAGGAGGCCCGUAAACAGCUGCAGGUUCAGCUGGAGGAGCAGGUGAAGGAGGUGGAGAGGGCCGGAGAGGAGGAGAGGAAGAGUCUGCAGCAGGAACUAACCCGAGUCAAACAGGAAGUCGUCACCAUCAUGAAGAAAUCAUCGGAGGAAACGGUGGCCAAUUUGGAACAACUCCACAGGGAAGCUUUGGCUGCUAAAGAAGAAGAGAUGAGUGCCAGAGUCAACAAAGCCGUGGAGCAGUGCAAAGAGGAGUUUGAUCAGCUGGGCAGCGAGCGGGAGCAGCAGACCUCUCUGGCUCUGGAGGAUGUGGAGCUGCAGAAGACGGCUCUGAGGAAUGAAGCUGACAACAAGGUUAGAGAGAUUCAGUCGGAGCUGGAAGCUGCACGAACCAGAGUGUUGGAGCUGGAGAGCUCUCUGGAGAAGAUCUCAGAAGACGGCUCUAGUCUGUCUCAAGAACUUUCCAGUCAGAUAGAGAAGCUGAAGGACAAACACAAAGGGCAAAUCUCUGCAUUAAAGGAGAAGCACCAGAAGCAGCUGGAAAAACACAAGGACACCCAGCAGAGUAACGCUGCUCUUGAGGAACUCAAAGAAAAGCACAGAGUUGCAUUGGAGUCCCUUCUGAAAGAGAAAGAGCUGCAGUUCCAAGCACACGUUGAAGACAUGAACCAGAAGACUUUGGAGAAGCUGGAUUCAAAGCAGGCCGAGCUGGAGGCAGUGACCGCUGAACUCUCUGAGGCUCUGAAGAGUAGACAGCUUCUGGAGGAGACGUUGGUGGCAGCCGAAGAUGCUAACGGUUCCGCUCAACGGGAACAUGAGAAGAAGUUUGAAAAUCAUGUGAAAAAGCACAAUUCAGAGCUUGCAAAAAUCAAGAAGGAGCACGAGAAGUCUCUUGGAGGAAUUGAGAAAACUCUGAAGCAGGAACUCAACGCGUCGAGGAUCGUUCUGACAGAGAAGGAAAAGGAAAUGACAGACCUCAUCCUGAGAGAAAAAACACUACGGGAAGAAUCUCAAUCCACUGUACAAAACUUAAAUGCCAAAGUUAAGGAAUUGGAGGAGCUGAAGCAAUGUUUAUCACAAGCCCAGGUGGAGAGUUUGAGCCUAAAGGACUCUGACGCACAGCUCCGUAAGAUGUCAGAGGACCUUGAUCAGUGUAAGAAGGAUUUGACAGACUUGGAGCAUCAGUUGGAAGUAGCAAAGAAUGAUAGUCAACAGAAAGAGAACUCUCUUCAAGAACUAGAGCAGCAGUUCCAACAGACCAAAAAAGAGCUCUCGGAGCAGGAGAAAUCAUUUAGUGCAGAACUGAGCGCUAAGCAGGAGGAGCAAGCUCGCCUCCGGAAGCAGCUGGAUGAUGAGAAAGCUGCCCUCCAGAAGAAGAUGCAAAACACUAUCACUGAGAUGGAAGCUAAGCUGAAAUCCCAGGAAACAAAAAUGGAAAAGUUCAAAAACAAGGCCAAAGAGAUGCAUGAAAGCUACAAGAAAAAGAUUCAGCAGCAUGAAGAGACCAUGAAGACGGAGCUUGCAAAGAAGGACAAGGAGCUUAAGCAGACAGAGCAACAAGUGCAGGAGAAGAUUGUUGCGAUGUCCCAGAAAAGUUCCCAAGGCCUCAGCAGUGCCAUGUCGGAGCUGCAGGCCAACCACAAGGAAGAAGUGGAGAAGCUCCAUGAGACCCACAAGCACGGCGUUGGAGAGCUGGAGCGUCGCCUGCAGGACAAGUUGGGACAGCAGGAGGAAGAGUUAACUGAGAAGCACUCUCAAAUACUGCAGGAGAAGGCUCAGGAACUGGAGGAAAUAUCUCAGCGACUCAGCCGAGGCAAAGAAGAGAGCGAGCAAGCGUCACGUCAAAUACAAGAUCUGAAGGAGGAGCUGGCAAUUCGACAAACCACCGUGCAGAAGCUUCAAGAAGAGCUCAACGAAGCAGCGGUUAAGCUUGAGGGCUUGUCUCAGGGUGAGGCGUUACUCAGAGAGCAAACGGAGACAGUGGAGAGGAACCUCAGCCAGGCUCUGAACGAGAGAAACUCCCUUCAGGACAAGCUCAGCGCCAUGAAGGAGGAGAGCAAAGAGAAGUUAAAGGCCUUGUCGGGGAAGCUGAAGGAAGCAGAGAAGCAGCGUAAAGCACUGGAAGGCUCCAGGAGUAAGGAAAGCCAAGACAUGCAGAGUCAAUUUGAGGAGACUGCCACUCAACUACAAGCCAAGGAAGCAGAGUUCCAGCAGCAGUUAAGUGUGAUCAGAAACCAAAUGGAGCAUCACUGUAAGGACAUUCAGUCUAAAGUGGAGAGUGGAUCCAAUGAACUGGGUCACAGAGUGGAGUGCCGGUUGAACGAGCUGAAGGACAGACUGCUGUGUAGUCAGAAAAACGUAGCCAAUCUCAAAAACGUCAUCCUCACUAAAGUAGAUAGAAUUUGCACUUUAGAGGAGACUCUCCGGCAGCAUGCGGAGGACAAUAAGAACCUAUGCAUUUCAUUAGAACAGAUGACCGCUCAGGUAAACGCUCACACGGAGCACGUCAACGCCUUAACGCACGAGAAAGAGGAUCACUCGCAGUCCAUCAGCGAGAAAGCUCUGAGAAUCCAGGAGCUGAGUGAAGCGAACCGACUCAUAUCAGAAAGCAUGAAAGCCAACGAGUCGCAUAUCAGUAACCUGGAAAGCAUCACCAGUGACUUGAAAAAGCAGCUGGCGAGUAGCAUAAAAGAGAAGGAGGAAGCCAUAACUCAGCUGAACCAGCAGUAUGAAGAGGAGAGGCAACAGGCCGCCGCACAAAGGCAGGAGACCAUUGAGAGAUUAGAGCAGGAGAGAAAGUCUGCCUCAGAGCAGGCGGAUGCACUCAGGAACAGCUUGUCUGAGCAUGAGACGAAGUUCACCCAGAAUGACAUCACUAUCACAUCUCUGCAGACCAGGCUCGAUGAGCUGGAGCACGAAAUCGCCGAAAAGAACCAAGCCCUGCAAAGGCUGACGGCAAGCAUCGACAGUCAGUCCAUCAGCAAGUCUGAGAUGGACCAGGUGCUGAGUGAGAAGGAGCAGACGCUCAGCGGGCUCUCCUCGGAGCUGGAGAGCUGCAUCAGUCAGCUGGGCGAGCUUCAGCAGCAGUUGGCCUUAAAGACGAGAGAGUGCGAACAACUCACAGCCGACCUCCGACAGCAACACAGCCUCAGCGAGAAAGAGAAGAGAGAGCUGGUGGAGCAGCUGCAGCACAGCCAGAUGCAGUGCACUCAGAAUGGGAAUCUGGAGCAGGAGACGGCGGAGAAACUCCGCUCCCUCCAGGAGGACAACCAAAAGUGCAAACUCACGCUCGACGCUCAAAGGGAGGAAUUUGAAAAGGUGAAGGAGGAGAUUAUCAAGAGCAAAGAGGUGAGUGUGAAGGCUGCUGAGGAGAAGCUGACCGCGGAGAGCGCUCGGAAGGUCUCUGAGCUGAAGAAGAAAGCCGAGCAGAAAAUCAGUCAGAUUAAGAAACAGCUAACCUCGCAGCUGGAGGAGAAGGAGCAGGUCAUAAAGGUUCUUCAGAGUAGCCUGGAGGAAAUCAAGAGCAGCGAAGCGACCGGCAAACGACACACGGAGACGUUGGAAGAGAAGACGACAACUCUGGAGGAAGCUCUCGUCAAGCUUAAGGAAGAGCAGGAGAAAGAACUCAAAGUGAUUCUGAGUAAUGAGAGGCUGGAGAAAGAAAAGUCUUUAGAAGAAUUGAACAUUUUGUAUGAAGAGAAGCUGUCCUCACUCCAGAGGGAUGCGGCGCAGCAAGGGGAGCUCAAAGACACUGAAACGGCGCUACAGGAAGUCGAGGCCAAGCUGAAGGAAGCAGAGGAGCAGCGCGGAAACCUUUUAGCGGAAGUCGAUCGCCUGAAAGAAGAAAUAUGUCAGAAAGAUUCCCAGCUUGAUGAACAUCAGGCAACGAUUAAGCAGAUCCAAAACCCAUCAGGACCUGAGGUGAAGGUGGAGUGCAGCAGCUUGCAGCAAAGCAGCAGCGCGAUGCACGCUGAGACGGAAGACCGCUCUGCAGCGCAGGACACUGAGGCUCUGGACUCGCUCAAGAACAAUCUGAAAAAGGUGAAGAAUGAGAAAGAGCAACUCCACAAGGACUUCGUCAGCCUGCAGAAAGACAUCCGCAUUCUGAGGAAGGAGCACGAGAAGGACCUGGAGUGCAUGAAGAAAGAGCUGUUGCAAGAGAAUGAGAACAAGUUGAAGCUGGAGUUGGAAGAUGUGGAGAUGAAGCAAAAUUCUGCCAUCAAGCAGCUGAUGCGGGAGUUCAACACGCAGAUGUCUUUGAAAGAGAGGGAGCUUACUACAGGAGUGAAGGAGGCCAUCGAGAAGGCCCAGACUGUGGAGGCGGAGCUCCUCAGCAGCCACAGUGAGGAGGCCAGCCAGCUGAGGAAGGUGAUCGCCCAGAAGGAGGAUGAUUUGCACAGAACUGUAAAGAAAUAUGAAGAGGUUUUACAGAGUCGAGAGGAUGAGAUGGGCGAGCGAGUGUGGCAGGUUCAGAAAGAACUGGAGGAGUUGCAAGCAAAGGGCCCCGACACUGCUGAGAUGAGCGCUGAAGAACUACAGGCUCAGCUAGCCGAGAAGACGACUCUGCUGAGCGAGGCUCGGCUGAAGGAGCAGGGCUUCGUUGAGAGGAUCCACUCGCUCGAGGACAAGAUCAAAUGUUUCCCCCGAAACACUGUUGUAACUCAUCUGGGGAGCACAUACAAAGAACCUGUAUACAACAGCGGCGAGCCUACUGAGAUGGAGUACCUGAGGAAGGUGUUGUUUGAAUACAUGAUGGGACGGGAAACAAAGACGAUGGCCAAAGUGAUUACCUCCAUGCUCAAGUUUCCUCCAGACCAAGCGCAAAAGGUUUUGGAAAAAGAAGACACUAAAGCGAUGCCUUGGUUAGGAUUAAACGUCUGAAUAAAUAAGGGUAUUAAUGGAUUCAAAUCUGCUGCUGCUGCUGCUGCUGCUGCUGCUGCUGCUGCUGAAUGGACGGACUGACAUGGACUUGAUGGAGCACUUCUCUCUGCAUUUCUUGUCAUUGUAUGUAUGUAUUUUAUGUGUUUGAGCACACUGGGGCAUAAGUGUGGUGUGUGUGUCUGUUGCAGUACGUGUGAAUAUAUCUAAAAGUUACGAGGGAAUAAGAGAAUAUGCCCGAAACACAAAUCUUUCACUAUUCUAAUUUUACUAUGAUAUUAAGUCUGUUAAUUUAUAUGUUUUUAGAUGAAGUAAAAUUGAUUCCUUUUUAUUUUAGAAUGUGUUUAUACAGAUUGGCUUGUGCAAUAAAUGAUAUCAUUAUCUUGUAUUUGAUGCUGACAGGUCAGUUGAUUUAUAGGUUUCUGUGUUGUGCUGUUGUCUGAUCAACUUCCUCUGUAAAAGUGUCAUCGACCCUUUAACUGUGCACUCGCUCCACAUUAAGAUAUAUCUGGACCUUGUUUGUUUAACACAGCUUUUCUAUGCUUUAUAUUUUGUCACUACACUGACAUAAAGACACAAAAUCACAAACUGUAAAUUGUUCUAUGAUACUUAAGACUGUAAUAUAUAGGGCACUAUAUGAUGAAUUGCUAUACAUUUUCAGACUAACAAAUUAAAUCCUAUUUACAGAA